GUUGAAUGACAGCCGGUGACAGUCUAAUUGGAGAUCCCAGUUUGUGAAGGGCAUAGAAUAUACUAUGUAUGCUAGCUUAAUACUGUAAUGUUUUUAUCGUUACUAUUAAAUGAUAUAGAAUUAUAUUAACCACGUAAAUAUAAAUUUAAAUCAACUAAUUAACAAAAAUAUGACGAAUGCAACAGAAAAUUGUUUAUUAAAUACCGGUUUGUUGGUUCUCUACAUUAUUUAUCUCCAAUCUGUCAUAGCUGAAAGUAAAAUCGAAAGCGCAAGCGACCUGGAACGAGAAUUUGCAGAUAAGCCGACACGAUCUUUUCGUUGCUGUGCAAGACAUGAAAAAAAAAUUGGAGUUGGCUAUGGUGUAUCUGGUGAAGUAAUAUCUAUUGACUCAGGACACUGUCGAAGAGUUUGUCCUCGUCACGCUUCGGACGACCCUGGAGAUGUCAGCAAGCCGGCUGUACAGCGGUGUCCACCCCGUUCGCAAUGCCACCCAAGGUCUUCACGUAUGGAAAGGAUUUCAACGCUUCAAGGUGUUAAAAUAGUUGAAGUUGUCGAUAGCUGCGAUUGCUGGCAUGAAUCACCAUGCAGUCGAACAUCUUUUGAACAACUCGUUCAUGCGGGAACACCUUAUCAAGUUGCUGUGGACGUUGGCCUUUGUUUGGGAACAUGUUCGAAAGCAUUAGGUUGUAGACCUUUCAAGAAUGGUACGGUCAGUAUAAAAGGACCGAAUGGGGAUGAAAUUUAUCAAGUGAUUCAAGAGUGCGGAUGUGCUAAUAGUUGUCAUCGAAUGGAGCGGAUCGAAAGCAUUCUCGACUACAGCCAACUUGAAAUCAAACGAGGAUCGAAUACAAGUGAUGUUAAACCACUCAUCAGGCACAUAAAUGUUGGACACUGUGAUGGAUCGUGUCCAGGAAAUCAUACCGAAAAAACUUGUUUAUUACGUGAUAAAAAAAACCCCGCAAGAUGUUUAGCUGGAUUAUAUUCUAAGCAAUAUAAAUGCACACCAGUUAGAUUUAAAGUACACGAAUAUAGAACACGAAGAGGCUCAAAGAGGGAAAUUAUUGAAAUAACUUCUUGCGCCUGUGUAUGAAACUCAACAUUUGUGUAAAAUAUUUAUAAACAUUAUGAUGAUAAACAAAACAAAACAGGUUGAAGCUGGGUAAACGAGGUCAACUUUCAAACGAAAAGAUAUUUUAUCAAAUGAACAUUUAUUUGUUUUUUACCUUACUUGUGUACAAAAAAUCUUUCGGCUGGGCACAGCUCAAUAAUUAUAAUAACAAUUUCGUAACAUCA